CGAUCUCUACUACACCUCGCCCUCAACCAACCCUCAACGUUGUCCGUCCCUUUCAAUAUCAAGUCUCAGGCAUAUCUCGCACACUCUGACAGCACUCCCUCAUACUAUUUCCAGCCUUUUCUGCGCGCAUGACCUCUACCGAGAUUAUACUGGACGGCAGCGUCCUCGAAGGAGGUGGCCAACUGCUCCGCAACGCCGUGGCCUUAUCCACACUGCUCUCUCAGCGCAUUUCUAUCCAAAAUAUACGCGCAAAUAGGAGACAACCGGGCCUGAGGCCACAGCACGCAGCAGGACUGCGCCUAGUCGCUGAACUCUGCGGGGGAAGUCUGUCAGGAAGUGAACCGGGUACGACAGAAAUUGACUACCGGCCCGGGCUUGGUGUUCUGCUGUCGAGGACGUACAGCGCCGAUCCGGGGACAGCAGGAGCAACGACUCUUCUCCUGCAAGUUUCGCUGCCAUGUCUCCUCUUCUCGCCUGCACCGUCUGCCUCGGAUGGACCUCCAACGACAGAACUGAUCCUGUGCGGCGGAACGAACGCGAUUCAAGCACCUCAGAUUGACUACACGGCCCAUGUCUUUCUGCCCUUCAUACAGCGUCACUUCGGGCUCGCACCGAGCUUGCAAGUCAAAAUGCGCGGCUACUAUCCCAAGGGAGGCGGGCGAGUGCGCGUCGUAGUACCAGCUGUGCCCGGGCCCUUGCCAUCCGUGAACCUGACGCACCGGGGCUCGGUCGAAGCCGUACGUGGUCGAGCAUACGUCGCCGGCCUCCCCGCACACCUAGCAGCCUCCAUGCGUAAUAGCGCGGCCGCGGCACUCCAAAACGGAGGUAUAGACCCUGACAUUAUCCACAUCGAGGCAAUUAGGGAAGAAUCGCAUGACGCUGUGGGAAGCGGGUCCGGCAUCGUGCUCUGGGCUGAAACCGAUGGCGGGUGCGUUCUGGGCGGAAGCGCGAUUGGUGUGAAGGGGAAGAAACCCGCGAAGGUCGGUGAAGAGGCCGCGAACGAGCUGCUUCGAAACCUAGCGCAUGGAGGAUGCGUGGAUGAGUAUAUGCAGGACCAGAUGAUCAUCUUUCUGGCCCUGGCCAAGGGUCGGUCGUCCGUGAAGACGGGCCCUCUAACUCUGCACACAAAAACCGCGAUCUGGGUCGUGGAACAGCUGACGAAAGUAAGGUUCGUAGUGCACGAGGAGUCUGAGAGUUCGUUUGUCAUUCAGUGCGAUGGUAUUGGAUACACGAGAUUAAUGCCAACAAUGACAUCAUGAAGCUAGCUCAGAGCGAGAUGUUCGACGACAAGUAGUAGCACCUUCGACGCAGGGAACUAUCGAUAGGCAUUCGAUUCCAGUCAUACAAUGGCAAUGAAGAUACAGGUCGAUGAUCA